AUGAGGCCGACGAUGAAGGCGCAGCACGGCAACGGGCGCGGGAGCAGGAGCCCCUUCCUGACGUCCUACGCGCUCACGCUCGCCUUCAUCACCUUCGUCUCCGUACUCUACUUCAAGGACUUCUCCUCCACGCUGCACCGCCCCUUCCUCAACCGCCCGCCGCCGCACCCACACCGCCGCCCGCUCCGCCCCCGCCACCACUCCUCCGACUCAGACGUAGCAAGCCAGGCCGGGCGCCGCGCGGCGGUAGAGCAGCUGCCGUUCGCGGUGGGCAGGGCGCCGGCGGGGUGCGACGUCGGGCAAGGGGAGUGGGUGUACGACGAGGCGGCGCGGCCGUGGUACCAGGAGGAGGAGUGCCCCUACAUCCAGCCGCAGCUCACGUGCCAGGCCCACGGACGCCCCGACCGGGCGUACCAGCACUGGCGGUGGCAGCCGCGCGGCUGCUCGCUGCCCAGGUACGCUUUCCCCUGA